AUUUCUCAUUCUUGGCUUGUUUUCCGUGUCAGCCCAUACACAGUGCAUGUGAACUUGGGGAAAAUAACACUACAGGGAGUUAUUGCCAAUGAAAUCACCAGAAAUGUCUCCCAGAUCAUCCUUCACCCCCCUUACAACACCAUCACCAAUGACAACGACAUUGCUUUACUUCACCUGUCCUCCCAAAUCACCUUUAACGACGACAUUAAACCCGUCUGUCUGGCAGCUGGCGACUGUGUCUUUUAUUCUGUCACCAGAAGCUGGAUCCCAGGCUGGGGAAAUAUUGGAUCUGGUGUCAGUUUACCUGCUACUGGAGUUCUGCAGCAAGCAAUGUCAGUGGUAAAUAAUUCUCAAUGCAAUAAUCUUUUGCGUGCUGGAUCUGUCACCAACAACAUGAUGUGUGCUGGUUUACUGGAGAGAGGCAAAGAUGAAUGCCAGGUACGUUCCGGUCCACCCCUGUUGAGCCAGCAUUGUUCAGUGUUGGUUCAGUCUGGUAUCACCAGCUGGGGUUACGGCUGUGCUGAUUUCAAUACACCUGGUGUGUACACCCAGGUGUCAAUCCGUUCUUGUGUCUUCAAAGAUGUGGAGAGAAGCCAGACAAGCGCAACAUCUACCACUGCAAUACUGGCCGAGGAGCAGACAGGGAAAAUAAAUUACCCCAGGGCGGAGAAGCACCUGGAAGGAGCAACAUCGACCUCAGAUCGUGAUGCUCAACCAGAACCCCGGCCUGAUCGGCUGACUCCGCCUGCAAAACAAGAGAAACUGCGACAGGAGACGGGGCAGGGCCAAGACUUGACUUAUGUCAAGAUCGACUCCAAGCUAACACAGAAUUACUAG